AUGGAAUUUUACCCAAACUUAUUAGUCAGGAUCCUCAGUUUGCAAGAUGUAAAAGCUGUAGAAAAAGAAAAAUGCUAUAUUGUCUUAAAGCUGGGCGCACAAACUUUUUACUCAGGAACUUUUCAGAUGAAAGAAUAUACAGAAAUCAACCAAAACUUCGGUAACUUAUAUGUAGAUGUCAAAUUUACUCAUUCGAAAGCUGUUCUUUUUAUAUAUCGCAAGUCUCUGCUAACUGCUGACUUUUUGGUAGGCCAAGGAGAAGUGCACUUGCAAGCAGAGCAAUUCGGGAAUCACAUGGUAAAGAUUUACAAUCAUAAUAAUUGCGAAUUUUUUGGGACUCUUUCUAUACAGGUUACGCUGAAAACAGAAGGAUCGGCAAUAGAUUCUUUAUUUUCUAUGGUAGAAGAUAAUAAAAAACAAGGAUUAAGCCCAAUUAAGAUGGGAGACAACCUUAGACAAUUUGUUUUUACGAUUACCCCAAUAGUGAAUCUACAUUAUUUUAUAGUUGAUGUGUACACAUGAAGGAAUCCUUUACGGUCAGCAUUUGUGUGUUGCCUCAUUUAUCUUUUAAACCAAAAUUCGGCUUGAAUUCCAGGGCUUUCUAUUGUGCUAAUUUGACUAUGAAUGAUGCAUUCUGCCAUGAAAAAGUAUCAUACUAUCUCACAUACUAAUGACGCACAAUUCGCAAAAAAUUUAUUGUUUAUUCAAGAAUUCAUGGGAAAUAUCAUAAUUGUGUCCGAGGUAGUAAACAAAUGAAUUGAGAGAAUCAUUUAUUGAUCAGAUCCAGAGUGUGCCAAAAAAUUUCAAAAAUUGAUAGAAAUUCUUUUUAUUCCGACACUUAUAUUUGGAUAUUGCUUUUCAGUUUUGAGUUUUAUACCUUACAUUUUGAUAUGAUCAAUUAUUGUGAAAAGCCCUUUUCUUAAUGCCGCUAUAAAUUUAGUGGUUUGUAGAUUGAAAACUAAAGCUGAUGUUAUUAUUAGUGCUUCGAUAAAUAAGCAGGAAGAAAAGCCCGAAGUUAAGCAAGAAGAUCAAAGGGUCUAUAGAAUUUAUGAAAACCAGAGACUAUGACUUGGAAAAUGGAAAGAUUUUACAUUACCCACUGAAAGAAAAAAUUGAAGCGAUGCGAAUGGCGAAGCAAUGACUCGAGAAUCAGUCAUAGCACCCCAAGGCUGGAAAUGGAUAGAUGAAUGGCAUAUAGACAGCAUUUUAAUUACAGAUUGGGAGUAUGCCACUGAUUUUACCAAACAAUUUCAUCCACAAAAGGAAUUCUUUGACUUAGUUAGAAGAAGGUGUUGGAUACGCCAUGCUGCAAAGGAAUAA